CACGUGACAGCACUAUCUUGGUGGCAAACUGCAUGCCUCGGUCUUCUCUUCCUUUCUGAAGUGGCCAUGGCCAUGGAUGAAGCAAGUCAUCAACUUGUUUGGGUCUUUAUUUCAUAUCUGGGAAUAGGAGGAAGAAGAAGUUUUGUGUGCUAUGAUUGGUUACAAGUAGUGCGCUAUUUGAAUGCAGGAGGGUAUCUCGAGUCCCAUCGCCGUGCAGCUGCUCGACUUCUGCGACGACGACGGCAGUGCCGCAAGCGACAUCUUCACCCUCACCGACCACCACCCGAGCCAACCCUGUCUCCCUCACCGCGAGGACGGCUCCUCCUCUUCCUCUUCUUCUACUUCCUCCUCCAUCUCCACCUCCUCUGCAGCCACAACGGCCAUUGCCACAAACACCCCCCUCUACGGCUAUGCCGGUGACGCGGCGCCAUUCUCACCCUUUUCCUCCCUCUACGCCCUUCUGGAUGCCCCUUCGGUGUCGCUCGACCCCGAACCCGGCCUCGCCCGGUACCCUUCCUCGUCAUCGUCGUCCCAAAAUCCACCUCCUCAUACUCUUCCUCCGCCGAUGUUCCCGCUCGCGCCGACGCCGACGUACGUCGGGGACCCGUUCGACCAUAUCUUACUGACGGAGACCAUACCCAGUGGGUUCUCGCUCGACCCCGCCAUGGUAGUCCCCAUGCCAGCGACGGGGGGCCCACCAUGCCAGCAGCAGAACCCGCAGGCGGCGUACGGGGAGCAGCACUACGCGGCGGCGAUGCAGCAACCGCAGGAGUUGGUGGGGCUGGAUGCGCCACCGUGCGGGUUUCUCGAAGGUACUCUUGGCAUGGGAGCCGCGCUGUACGGCAGCGGCGGCGGAGGUGAGCCGCAGGGGUUCUUCGGGAUGGCGGCGGCGGGACCGGACGCAGCACUGGUGGGGUUGGGCGACGCGGCAGAGGGCAGCGACCUGGGCACGUUCGGGCAGGAGACGAUCGCUCGAGCGUACAGCCCCGGCGACUUGCAGGUAAUUAACGGAGGAGGCCAGCAUCUGAUGGUUGGAUGCAGCGGCAACUCCCGGCCGCCGCUGCCGGCCACCGACGUCUCACCGUUGGAAGACUCCUCCUACAAGGUUGGCCGUUUAUCCGUGGAGGAGAGGAAGGAGAAGAUCCACAGGUACAUGAAGAAGCGGAACGAGCGAAACUUCAGCAAGAAGAUCAAGUAUGCUUGUAGAAAAACCUUAGCCGACAGCCGACCUCGAGUCCGGGGAAGAUUUGCCAAGAAUGAUGAACUUGGAGAUCUGGCAAGACUGAGAUCCAGCAACCAUGAAUUCGAGGACGAGGAAGAAGUGGCCAUCAAGGAAGAAGACAUCCUCAACACCUCUGACAUCCUUGCACAUCUCAGUGGGGUGAACUCAUUGAAGUGCAACUACACCCUUGAAUCAUGGAUAUGACUCGUGUGGCUACACAAAGAUAGUGUUGAUUGUAGACUUGUUGCGGCCAUCCUCGGCAGCAAAUCUAAUCAUUCUCAGUUCAGUAAACUCAAUAUGUGGAGACCUGAAGAAGGUAUCCCUGCAUCCAAAUGCAGUUGUGGAGUUACCUGUAGAUCAAGAAAUCAGUGAACUCUGUAUACUUCCGAAAGUUUCGGAUGACACGGAAUCCAAUUUUGUCUAAUUACUUCACGAA